AUCUGAUAUCCCUUCGUUCUUCGUGCCAUACCAAACGGAAUUUGCAAGGGUAUUUCGAAACGUCAUAAGCACAGAACAAGUUACCUGUUGGCUGGCUAUCAACUUCCCGAUCGAAUCCUAAAGUCAUGGAACGCGUUACCUAAACUCGAGGGUGCAUCUCUCUCUCUGUUGAUUCAUUAAAAAUAAGUUUGACAAACUGAAAGAUAACUAUUUUCAGGAAUAACAACGCUACUCAGCCUUCUAUUUUUCAAGCAGAAAUUGAGUAGAGACAUAAAUGUGCAUUGUACUGUGGUUUGCACCAUGGGAAUAAACUGCGGGUUGCUUGAACCUUUUGAUCAAUACCUUUAAUUGGGCAGUUACAGCUAAAUAGAAGCUAAUUGAGCAGAGGAUAUAUGCACAUCUUAUCGGGGGAUUUAAUCAAACUGCAGUUCCCACCAACUGAUUGAGUUGCUUACUGUACAUACUAUAGUUGAAGCUACAACAGAAUAACUUGUGUUUACUAAGUGGAAAACAACCUAUCUCAGUAGACAACGUUACAAUGGACCAAAAAGUUUCUAGUUAUUUGGUUCCUCGUGAAGUUCUUUUGCGGUAUGGUGGAAUAACCAAUGAUCAGAAGAAGCAUUUGUACAGUGAAAUACAUUCGUUGGAUUUCGUGUAUAUACCAAGCUUCCUGAAGUCACAAGGGUCCGGUGUUGAACUUUUGUUUCAGUACGGUGUUUGUCAGUCUCCGAAGGAAUUUGAUGGUCAAAUUUAUGAAUAUUUUGUGUGCCCUACAUCGCUUAAUGAAAAGCUUGGCUCUUUCGAGGGCGAGCAAAGAUUUUGUUGUGGAGCACCUCCACUGCAAUAUUGUUGUACAUCCACCCAGUUUUCAUCAGAUCUUUUAAUUUCACCUUCGAUUUUUAUUGGAGGCAGUCUUGGAUUUCUUUUAUUUGGUAUCUUUUUCGUAAUAUACGCAUAUUCAAGAUUAGCACGUAAUCUUCGUAAAGCAUCUAAUAAGUUAUUUUACGAAACAAACGUUGGUGUAUUUGCUUCCCCUGCUUUCCAUGAGCCAAUACAAAAUUUAGAGCUGGCCACUUCAUCUGAUAUACAAUCAAGUGGACCACCUAAGAAGAUGUUACUCUCUGGUGGUAGUAGAUUAACUAAAAUUUCUUCUGAAAAAUCUGUCUCUGGAAAUCCAUCCCAAAAUACAAAUUUUACUAUCAACAAUGAUCACUUGUUGGUAAUAUCUGAUAAUUCCGAAAGAGAAUCAAUUAAGAAUUUAAUUCAUCAACAUAAAUCAAGACAUUCUUACAUAAUAAAUAAUAAUAACAAUAAUGGGAAGAAGAAAAAGAGGAGAAAGAAUGAAAAUUCAACAUCAAUCAAAGCUCGACCUGUACUGUUGAAAAGAUCAUCGUGAUUUGUACUGUCCUUUGCUUUUAAACUUGAUUUCUAAUUAUGUAAUUUGAUUUGCGCCAUUUAGUUGAAAUCGAGAAUAACAAUCGACAAUGUGUACAGUUGUGAUUAUUGACAAAUAUACAUAAAUUGUUUUCUUUGAGUAA